AUAUGGCGGGCGGCAGCGGCAUCCAGCCUCCCCUUCCCAGUUCCCCAAACCCUACAAUACAAUGGACGACACCAAACAAAACUCCAUUAACGUCAUCCACCAUGAUUCCCGGAAGCGACCCUUCCCCAUCGUCACCGGUGCCAAUCACCACCCUGUCAAACCACUUCCAUCUACAAAGAGACGAGUGGUUUUGGGUGACCUAACCAAUUCAGAAAACCUAACUUCCAUUUCCAUCCAUAGCUCGGAUAACAAACACAACCCGAGAUCAGUUCAGUGCUUGAAUACUGAGGUUUCUGUCUCUUCCGGAUCGGUUAACACCAAGAAGUUUUCGUUAGCAUCUCUUAUAUAUCAGCAUCUUCACUCAUUAGAGGUCGAGGAAAAGAGAAGGCCAUUGGUUGAUUAUAUGGAAAAAGUUCAAUCGGAUAUCACAAUAGGAAUGCGAGAGGUGUUAGUGGAUUGGUUGGUUGAGGUAACAGAGGAGUAUAAACUUGCAUCCGAUACCUUGUUCCUAACAGUCUCCUACAUCGACAGAUUCCUAUCUUCACAUUCUUUAAGCAGAAACAAACUCCAGCUUCUUGGUGUAUCUUGCAUGCUUGUAACCUCAAAGUUUGAAGAGAUUAGUCCUCCACAAGCUGAAGAUUAUUGUUAUAUAACCGACAAUACUUAUACUAAAGAAGAGGUCUUUCAAAUGGAAGAAACCUUGCUCCAGUUUUUGAAUUCGGAUCUUAGCAAUCCAAUACCAAAAACUUUUCUUAGAAUUCUCAUUAGAGCUGCCCAAGGAGAAAUGCAGCCAUCAUCUUCUUCAUUUGAGUUUUUGAGUUGGUUUCUUGUGGAGCUAAGCUUGUUAGAUUACAGUUGUUUAAGAUUCUUGCCAUCAAUGGUGGCAGCUUCAGCCAUUUUUGUUGCAAGAUUUACACUUGAACCAGAAAAGCAUCCAUGGGGAUUGAAAAUGCAAUGUUAUUCUGGAUAUAAACCAUCUGAAUUAAAGGAUUCUGUGCUUGCAAUUCAUGACUUACAGUUGGGUAGAAGAGCAUCAUCUUCUCGAGCAAUAAGAGAAAAAUAUACACAACAUAAGUUCAAGUGUGUUGCAGCAUUGGCAUGCCCUUUAGAAAUUCCAGAUUCUUACUUGGAAGAAUAAAACAAUAAAUGGAAUUAGAAUCACAAGUGUUUGGGAGGCUUAAUUUCUUGAUGGAUACAAAAUUCAUCUUUAGUUUGCAGCCUAAAUGGUUUGAAGCUGAAAUUAUCUGUUAAAUAUCGGGGAGAAUUUGCUUAUAAGAAGAGUUUUGGUUUUAAUUCUUGGUACAUAUGUCAAGAUCCAAGAUAAAAUUUUGUUGAUUUAAUG